UUUGCAAAUUGCUUUUUGUAUUUACUAAAGCUAUCUUUGUAGCUGUCGCUCUGUCUGUCUGCACCUAUAUAUAGACCCACGAAGGCUUAAGACUAAAUGCGUUGGUUUGAUUCAUAAAAAUAGAACUUUCUUCUAUUGCCUUGAUUUACCUUAUAUUGUCAUGUAAUAAAAGCAACAUAAAAGUAAAAGAAAAUAAAGUCCAAAUCGCUUAUUUUGGGGCUCCUGCACCACACCCCGGUCUGUCAAUGGCACAAACCAGAGAGCAAGCAGGGUCUGCUGCACUGUACAGUCCAGAGGGUGUGUGAGGGUGAGUUGGUUAAAGAAUGAGAGUGUGGGAGGGUGUAUGGGGCCCUCCCUUCCGACAAAUGUCUUCAUAGAUCCACUCCUUCAUAACCCAACUCUUUCCCAGCCUUGCGCAGAUAUAGCCAAAGUGUCCAAACCGGAGCCUGAAUGUGUUCAAAUAUGCCUAGUGAGACAGGACGAGAGUUCUUUAGUCAUUUAACCCACAGCUAACCUCUUUAUCCUAUUUACAUCCAUAACUGAAGUUAGAAUACCAAGAAAGAAAAAAAAAAAAAAACACGCACACACAUUUGGCUACAUGUGAGUGUAUGCCGGUCUCCGAGCGCGCUCCACCUUUGCGCUGGUGAUGCCAUGCCGCGGAACCACACCGGCGACGAGAGCGGCGGCACCGGGAUCUGGUUGAAGACCUCUGCUGGGAGCCGGACGCAGGAGCAGCCUUUGAAAGAUGUGGAGUCUGGACGCAGGACGAUGAAUAACGCGGCCAGGGUCGGGGACGGUCUACUGUCUCCCCCCGCAGCAGGUGCGGCGGCGGCGGCGGCGGCGGCAGCGGAGAGGAACCAGGGCGCCAGGCUCAGCCUGCUGGGGAAGCCGCUGACCUACAGCUCUCAGAGCGGCCGCAGGAACGCGCGCUACCGGCGGCUCCAGAAUUACCUCUACAAUGUGUUGGAGAGACCGAGGGAGUGGGCUUUUGUCUACCACGCCUUUGUUUUUAUCCUGGUGUUUGGCUGUCUGGUUCUCUCCGUGUAUUCCACCAUCCCUGCUCACCAGGAGUUCUCCUCGCACUGCCUGCUCAUUCUGGAGUUUGUGAUGAUUGUGGUAUUUGGCCUCGAGUACAUCAUCAGGAUAUGGAGCGCUGGCUGCUGCUGUCGAUACCGGGGCUGGCAGGGACGGCUCCGCUUUGCCAGGAAACCCUUCUGUGUCAUAGACAUCAUCGUACUUAUCACCUCGGUUGCUGUGGUUUCAGCUGGUAGCCAGGGCAACGUCUUUGCCACCUCUGCGCUGCGUAGCCUUCGCUUCCUUCAGAUCCUGCGUAUGGUACGCAUGGACCGCAGGGGAGGGACCUGGAAACUGCUGGGAUCUGUAGUUUAUGCACAUAGCAAGGAGCUGGUGACUGCUUGGUAUAUUGGUUUCCUGGUGCUUAUCUUCUCCUCUUUCUUGGUCUAUCUGGUGGAGAAAGAGUUCAACAAGGAGUUUGACACAUACGCUGAUGCUCUGUGGUGGGGCACGAUCACCUUAACAACCAUUGGCUAUGGUGACAAGACUCCGCAGACGUGGACAGGGAGGUUACUGUCAGCAGGCUUUGCUCUGCUAGGGAUCUCCUUCUUUGCCCUGCCUGCUGGCAUCCUGGGGUCAGGUUUCGCUCUGAAGGUGCAGGAGCAGCAUCGCCAGAAGCACUUUGAAAAAAGAAGGAAUCCAGCUGCCAGCCUCAUACAGUGUGUCUGGCGUAGUUAUGCUGCUGAUGAGAACUCGGUUUCUAUUGCUACCUGGAAGCCUCAUUUGAAGGCGUUGCAUACCUGCAGCCCCGCCAAGAAAGAGCAGGGCGAGACUACCUACAGUAAAGGGGCAACUAAUGGGGGACUCUUCAGAAAGUGUUCUCGGAAAUAUAGGAGUCAAAAGCUAAGCUUUAAGGAGCGAGUCCGGAUGGCGAGUCCUCGAGGUCAGAGCAUGAAGAAUAGGCAGACAUCCAUCAAUGACCGCCAACGCUGUUCCCCUGGCAACGAGGUGGUGGGCAGUAGUGAGCUGUUGGGCGGGAGCCCCGCCAAAGUGCAGAAAAGCUGGAGCUUCAAUGAUCGGACACGCUUUAGGCCAUCGCUGAGGCUGAAGAGUCAGAACCGCACUGCUGUUCCAGAUGUGGAUACAGGCAUGACCACAGAUGAUUCCUUUGAUGAGAAAGGUUGCCAUUGUGACGUGACUGUGGAGGAUCUUUCAGCUCCCUUAAAGGCGGUCAUCAGAGCUGUCAGGAUCAUGAAGUUUCACGUGGCUAAGAAGAAGUUCAAGGAGACUCUGCGCCCGUAUGAUGUGAAGGAUGUGAUCGAGCAGUACUCGGCUGGACACCUGGACAUGCUCUGCCGCAUCAAGAGCCUUCAGACCAGACUAGAUACAGUAGUGGGACCCCCUCCAAGGCCAUUAAGAGGCCGUCUCAAGACGUUUUCUUCUCCCUCUCUGCAUUCAUAUUACAGCCAGACCCGGAGGAAUCAGUCAGCAUCUGGGGUGGAUCAGAUUCUGGGAAAAGGACAGAUUCCCGUGGAUAAGAAACCGAGGGACAAACUGCACCACGAUGGAGACACAAUGGAGGGCAUGAGCAUGCUGGGACGAGUGUGUAAAGUAGAGAGACAGGUGUCCUCCAUUGAAACAAAGUUGGAUUCUUUGCUUGAUGUUUACCGCCAAGUUCUGCAAAAAGGUCCUUCAGGACUUUCCCUCUCCUCUCUGCCCCUCUUUGAGCUGGAAAAUCACCAACACCACAACUUAGACUACCCAUCCUCCCCCCAAAGGGGGGAUCCUGUUAGAGUCCGAGGAGACAACAGUGGCGGCGGGAUACACCGCUCUCAUAGUGCCAACCCGAGAGGACUGAGGCUCAUUCUGGCACCGGCUGACGACGAUGGCCCUCCAGACUCGGCGCCUCCAUCCUACCCCCCCUCCACCGCCUCGCUCUCCCCUUCGCCUCUGCUACCCCCAGACAGCCCUUACCCAACCCUCACCACCCCUUCCAAAAAAUCCCACUUUCCUGAUCUGCCCGCUCCGCCGUCAACAGCCGGGAGUUUCACUCUCCAGCUUCCUCCUGUGGUGCACCCCUCACACCUCCGAUGCCCCGCUGACCCACUCUCAGAUGAUAUGACAGAUGAAGCGGAAGAAGACCAGCAGAGACUGGGCCCCUCUGUUGUUGUAGGAUGCAGUGCCGAUGUUAAUCCUGAUGGGUUCAACGAGGCAGGGUUCGCACCGGGGAAGGUGCAGCUGCGGAAGAAGUCCGGCUUGAAAUCUGAAGGGGUCUGGAGAAGGCAUUUGAGCCUCGAGGUCAACCCCUGGCAGCUGCUCUCAUCUAACCCAGAGAGGAGGCCUACGGACUGGGCAGGUAGUCUAGGGAAAUCCCUCUCUGUGCAUAACAUCAACCAGCCUUUAACCAAUCGUGCCCCUGGUCUCUCCUCCGCACUCAACAACAGCAGCAGCAGCAACGACAGCGAGCGCGGUAACGGCCACAGUGACCUCACUAACUGGGACGGAACAGACCUCUUCAUCAGUGAGCGCAAGCUGAAGCCAUCAGCAGACCACUACAGCUUCCUGUCCCAGGGGCCGGACAGCAGCCAAUCUGACAUUUUACAGACUGAGGAGGAGGAUGGACCUCACUCGCAGGGAAACUCAGAGUUCCUCAGUCAAUCCUCACACUUACAGCUGGUGUAAGCACACCGGCUGCAGAAUAAAAACUCAAACUGCAAACUGUAUGUACACAAAUUGUGGCCAAUGCCACUUUUUUAAAUAUUUAUAUAGGGCACCAUGCAGAUGCUCUGAAUUUUACACUUUAUACAUGUACAACCAGUGUUUUCUAUUUUGUGUCAUGUGACCAUGCCCGUUUGCAUACAGAUUAUGUCAAACACACACACUUUCAUCCGGCACCUACAUUUCUGCUUCCAGUAGAGUAGAUGAACGUCCAAGUAGUGUGAAUGCAAGCGGCCAUGUUCAUGUUACACAAAAUAUGAAAACUGCAUGUACAGUACCUUGCAAAAUGUAUUGAUACUCCUUGAACUUUUUCACCUUUUCUUACAAUAAAAUAACAAGGUUUAAUGUAAUUUACCAGGGUUUAUGUGAAAGAUAUCACGAGAGAAAGUUGAAGAUAGUUUACAUUUGUUUUGUUCCAAAUAAAAGUCUGAAAAGGUGUGAUAUUAGCCAUUCCGUUGUAUCUCUUACCGCAUGUUUUGACUGAAUUUAGCAACAUUGGAGGUUCUUUUUUUAACAUGAACAGUUAUGUCUCUUAGUUGGAUUUAAUUCCAGACAUUGACUAAGUCAGUUCAUUUAUAUUAUUUUGUUUCUUGCCAUUCACAAGUCAAGCAUGCUGGUGUGCUGUGGGUUACCCACUUUGGAGUUUUUUUUUUUACAUCUAUAACAUCUAUCGCAUGAAUUCCCAAUGAAAUACAGUGACGUUGGAGGUUGUUAGGUGGCAAAAUGUGAAAGAGUUCAAGGGUCGUGAAUAUUUAUGCAAGGCACUGUAAAUAAGAAAUAGGAACCCUUCAGGGCAAAAAUGUAACUCUCCAGACUUUUAUGCUCAGUGUCAUAAACUACCAAAACAGGAUGUUGAUUUUGACAAAAGCUGCUUUUUUGAGUUGAUGAAAGAAAACCUAAAUGUUUAUUUUUCAUCUAUUUGAAUAGAAUCAGAAUGUAGAUUAUAUAAAUCAGACUAUCUGGCUCUUCAUGUGGACAAUUGAGAGUUCUCUUUCGUUUCAAAGUUAAUCUUUAACUUUCCUAUGAAUCAGUCUGACCUCAAGAGGGUCCUAACGAUCUCAGAAACAUUUAACAAACAAGCCCAUGAAAAUCACAGGUCUGCUUAAGCAUAUUUACAUUAUAAAACUAGGACAAACAGGUUCAAGUAUACACAUUUAUCACAAACACCAAAUACUGCAGGAGGAGCCAACUAGAACCACACCUGAGAUUUGCACCUAUUUUUUGACCUUUAUAAAUGCUUGUAUUUGAUCUUACCUGCAAGAUAAGACAAGCAAUUUUCUGUUUAGUGUGUGUUUUCCUUUAAUGUUAAAUCUCUUACUUAUAUACAUACAUAUAUCACUUCCUUGACAGUUUUUAUUAAAGGUGCAGGAGGGGAAACAACAAAUAGUGAUGAAUAAAUAAAAAGUGACAAACUCAUUGGUUCUGUUCAGACCACAGAUGAGUUAACUACAUAAUAGAAAAUAUUUUGUAAAGUCUUCAACUUCUUAAAGCAGCACCAUGUAAUUUUUGACCCCCAAGCAUUAGCUUAAUUUAAGAUACAUUAAAUAGUAUUACAGGUCAAUGUACAGCAUUUGGCGCAUAUAGAUGCUCGCCCAUGUAACUUCUGAGGGUCAGAUCCAUGAUCAUCAAUGAACGGGUCGUGUGACCUAGAGUGCCGGUCUAGCUCAUGUGACCCUUUCUAGGUUUAAAACAAAACAAAACAGAUAUGACACUUAACUGACCAGACAUAUUUUUGGUUCUCUGAUGUAGGAUUUCAUCUAGGGGUGAAUAUGGCCUUGUCUUUACAAGUCCCUUCAUGACUUGUCAACAUGUCAAUGUGGUGGCCCAAACUGGUCAGCUACCAGAUUCCAAACACGGAAGGAGACCCUUUAAUUUUGCCACAGUGCAGUGGUGCCAUUGGCCUUGAGAGGCGCUAAACAUGAAAGUUACAGGUCAAGCCCCCCGUAGUGGUUAAAAGUUACAUGCCGCUGCUUUAAAGGUUUAAUCCCCUCCCCCUGAUUUUUCCACAGUUGUCAUGUGGAUUAAAUGGCAAUGAUUUGAAUGCUGAUUUAGCAAAAAUUAUCCAAGCGGACCUCCUCAAUCGUGCAUGAGAUGCUGCAUGCGUGAAACUAAAACUGAUGUCAAAGUCAGAAAUGCCGUUACAGUUCACUUGGAUGUAUUUCUGCAUGGUAAGACCUUUUCUCCAAGCCAUUACGUGAAACAUGCAUAAAAAUAUUCCAUCUUGAACCUUAUUUGAUUUUAAUUAAUAGUAAUUUGGCAGUGUAUACUUGUACUGACAGUUCAACUCCACUUACCUUAUCAACACAAUAUGUACAACACUUCAAUGGAAGUUUUAUGCUUUAUUUUUCUGCAGAAGGGAGAAUUAAAAACUGCUGCGCUGAUUAAACACCCAAGUUUGAACAACGAUAAGUGAGGGUGAGAUGUUACUGGGCAGAAUGCGUAGAUUUGGAUUUUGUAUGCAUGUUUUGCUUUAUUUGGGUAUCCUGAUUUGUUUUAUAUUGCACAUUAAAGUUGUAGAGAGCUAUCUAACUUCAAAAUUUUAAGGUUAGUGCAUUUAAAAAAAAAAUCAGCUGCAGUCCUUCAAGAUUAACUCUAAAAGCAACAUGUAAACAUUAGGGUAUUGUGAAAUUGGCUAAGCGGAUUAAGGUUCACAGGCCAGCUUUCAAAAAAUGUUUGUCUUAAUUGAACGUUUUUAUUUUGUCUCCAUUUUAUGUCUGCAAAUGUUUUUUUUUUUAUUAUCCUAAAAGUAUUUCAGAAUUUUUAUAGUCUUCUGUGUUUGAUUUCCAUUUAGAAUUAUUUUGACGGAUUCACACUUGUCUUAAAAUAUAUUUUACCCUCAAUGACUUCCCUUAUUGACAUUGUGAUUUCCUCUGCUUUAGCCCCUGUUUAGAAAGUGGAUAGCUAAGUUACUUAACACUGAAACUUAGAGCAAGUAUUAUUUUCAGAAAAAUAGUAACAGUUAACAUUUGUGUGAUUUUCUUAAAUAUUCCUUAACCCAUAUGGGACUUGUUCUGAAAUACAGUUUCAUCACAAACGGUACCGUUUCAUGAAGAAUGCUAUGAGGCUUGACAACGUGAUAUGGUAUGUCCAUGCCUGCAUGAUACUGGAACAGAUUUAUUGUGUUAAUAGGUUGACUGCAUAUGAAAAACUUCAUCGGCCAAUCAACUCACAGAUAGCUGAGGAAUUAAAGAGUCUAUACUUCCCAUGAAACAUGCUAAUAUUUGCAAUCUGUAAAUUGCUUAAGGGUGCCUUUUUUGCUCAUAGAAUUUCUUUUCGUUUCACUCAUCGCCUACAACCUGAUAUAUCAGAUUGUACUAAAGUCCAGCUGCUCAUUUUGAACUGGACAUCCAGUUUAAUUAAGUCAUGUGACUUUAAGCCUGAGACUUUAUGACUUCAGUGGCCAAAAAUACUUAAUUUCUCUACUGCUUGAGCAGUAAUUUUUGACACAGCUGGCCUUAAAGCUCGAUAAUGUUAACGUUGUUAUUUCUUUGAAAUUAAUUUAUUGAAGUGCACAUUAUAUUCUCUGGAUGAGAAAUGCAAAAAUGAUUUUAUUAUUCAUUAAUAAAGUAUGGAUUAACAAAA